GGCUGGAACGUCUGGCGUGUCUCUGCAAGCUCCUCCCUCGGCCGGGAGAGGAAAAAAAGGCCGAGGAGGCGGGAGGGAGCCGCCAGACUCCCACACAAACGUCUUCACGCCGAAGCUCCACCUUUGCUCCCCUCCGAGGGCCUCGCGUCUUCUUUUUGUAGCCAUGAGGGGGUUCCUGGCGACGGCGUGCCUGCUCUCGAUGCUGUUUGGCGUCUUGCUGUGCGCCGACGAGGCGGACGGCGGGGCUCAGGUGAGGGAGGCCCGGCGGGCGGCGGAGAGACGGGGCCCGGCGGGGGACGACCGGGAGGACCGGGCCGCCGUGUCGGACGAGCCCGCGGCGGAGCUGGAGAAACCCAAACCCAAGAAGAAGAAAACCCCGCAAGAGGUGGAGGCAGCCAAAGCCAGAAAGGCGGCGGAGAAGGAGGCCAAGGCCAAGAAACAGAGGACGCCCAAGCCCACCAAGAAGCCCAAAGGUCCCAAACCCACCAAGAAACCCAAACAGCCCAAAGCCACCAAGAAGCCCAAAGCGCCCAAAAAACCCAAAGCCUCGGCGACCGCGUCCGCGACCGCCGCUGCCACGGCGCCGCCGGACACCAAACCGCUGACUCAACCCAGCACAGCCGCGACGACCAGACGAGCGGCCGCCGUGCAGCCCGAGUGGGAGGAGCCAGAAGAACCGGACCUGGUCAGGAGGGUUCCAGACAAAAAGGGGGCGACCACUCCGGAGGUCAUCGUGUACAUACCAGACGAGAUCACCGACGCCCCCUUCCCGGUGCCCUGGUACGAAGAGUACGACUACGACGACCUUGCCAAGAAGAAGCAAGAAGAAGAAGAGGAGCAAGCACGCAAGGAAAAGGCGGAAAAGGCGGCAAAAGCCGAGCGUCAAAGGAAGAAAUGGGAGGAGGAGGAAGAGGAACGACUCAAAAACGUCUCGCAGCCCCCGGAACCCAAAAAAUGUCCUCCUCUGGGUUUGGAGUCCCACCGCGUGGAAGACGACCAACUGCUGGCCUCCUCGCAGUCUCAACACGGAUUCGCCGUUCAGAGGGGAAGACUCAACAUGCAGGGUUCCAGCAACGAUGAAGAUCUUUACGGGGGCGCGUGGUGCGCCGAGCCCGAGGAGAUCAACAGCUGGUUUGAGGUGGAUGCUCGACGGGAGGUGGAGUUCUCGGGGGUCAUCACGCAAGGAAGGAACUCUGAGCUAUUUGAGGACUUUGUGUCGUCCUACUUUGUGGCCUUCAGCAACGACAGUCGCGACUGGACAAUUCUUCACGACGGCUACGCCGAGUGGUUGUUCUACGGGAACGUGGACAGAGACACGCCGGUUCUGAACCAGUUUUCCUGGCCGGUGGUCGCGCGCUACGUCCGAAUCCUUCCGCAGAGCUGGAACGGAAGCUUGUGUCUCCGGGCCGAGAUUCUGGCAUGUCCGCUUCCAAGGAGCCACCGCAGCGAAAACGAAGUGAGGUCUUCUGACGAGCUUGACUUCCGACACCACAACUACAAGGAUAUGAGACAGAUGAUGAAGGUGAUAAACGAGGAGUGUCCCAACAUCACCCGAAUUUACAACAUCGGUAAGAGCUCUCAGGGCCUGAAGAUGUACGCCAUGGAAAUCUCCGACAACCCGGGGGAGCACGAGCUGGGUGAGCCAGAAUUCCGAUACACGGCGGGUCUCCACGGUAACGAGGUGCUGGGCCGGGAGCUCCUCCUUCUACUGAUGCAGUUUUUGUGCACGGAGUACAAAGACGGAAACCCUCGAGUGCGCCGCCUGGUGGACGGAGUGAGGAUCCACCUGGUGCCGUCCCUCAACCCCGACGCAUACGAGCUGGCCUUCGAGGCGGGAUCAGAGAUGGGCAAUUGGGUUCUGGGCCACUGGACUGAGGAGGGUUACGACAUUUUCCAGAACUUCCCGGAUCUCAACAGCAUUUUGUGGGGAGCGGAAGACCGCGGCUGGGUGCCGCGCUUUGUACCCAACCAUCACAUUCCCAUGCCAGAGAACUUCCUCAACGGAUCCAUGGCUGUGGAGACCAAAGCCAUCAUUUCCUGGAUGGAGCGCACCCCCUUCGUGCUGGGGGCGAACUUGCAAGGCGGGGAGAAACUGGUCACGUACCCUUUUGACAUGCAGCGGCCGCAGAUUUCGUUGAGCGACAGCCGGCGCUGGAACGCCAACGACGAGAUGAGCGAGGACACCUGGGCCCGGAUCCAGCGUCAGAACGAGGGCGCCCUGCGCGAAACGCCAGACGAGGUCAUGUUCCGCUGGCUGGCCAUGUCGUACGCCCACAGUCACCUGAGCAUGACCGAGGUCCAGCGCGGAUCCUGCCACGGCGACGACGUCACCAGGGGCCAGGGCGUCACCAAUGGCGCCGGCUGGAAGCCCAUCGUGGGCAGCAUGAAUGACUUCAGCUACCUGCACACCAACUGCUUUGAGAUCUCCGUCUUCCUGGGCUGCGACAAGUUCCCGCACGAGAGCGAACUUCCUGUGGAGUGGGAGAACAACCGUGAGGCUUUGCUGUCCUUCAUCGAGCAGGUGCAUCGUGGGAUAAAAGGGGUGGUCAAAGAUGUGGAAGGAAACGCCCUUGCCAACGCCACCAUAUCAGUGGAGGGGAUACGCCAUGACAUCAUCACCGCCUCGGGCGGCGACUACUGGCGGCUUCUGAAUCCCGGCGAGUACCGCGUGACGGCCAAGGCGGACGGCUACACGUCCGAGACCCGCCUGUGCGUGGUGGGCUACGAUUCCGGCGCCACCUCCUGCAGCUUCACCUUGGCCAAGUCCAACUGGGACCGCAUCAAGGAGAUCCUGGCGCUUAACGGCAACCGCCCCAUCCGGGUAGUCCCCAAGGCCGGCGAAGGCAAGCCCACCCCCCACGGCGCCACAGCGGCCAGCGCACUGUCCCCGGAAGAGCAGCACGCCGCCGCCCAGCGAGCGGAACGACUCCGUCGGCUGCGGAUCCUGCGACUGCGCCGGCUGCGCCUGCAGAAGCACCGCGGCAGACUCCCGACAACGCCCGCGACAACCACCACCACCCCCGCGACAACCACCACCACCGCCGCCGCCACGACGACACGGAAAGCCCAGACCACCACUUCCUGGUACGAUUCCUGGUUCCCCGUGGACAACUUGCCCACCGAGAACCCCUUUGACAGCAUCAUCUUUGACUCGGUGCCCACUGAGGACUACCCAUUUCACUUCACCAUCGACUGACACGAGCGGGAAGGUCCUGAGAGACCGCCAAAGACACACCCGCACCUUAAAAACCACCCAGGAGAGCCAGGGGUUGACUGAACGGAACAAAUGGCACCAAAUGAGAACCGUCACAGACGCGCAGAGUAAACCAUCCAACUAAAGUCUCCGCCAGCUCCUGAUGUCACUCACCAGGCCGCCCCCCCUUAAAUGCACAUAUCCAAAAACACACUGUACAGUAAUUACCCUUGAUAAAACCAGUUGAGGUUUGUUUUUUUUUAUACAUAUUAUUACGUUUUUAUAGGUCACAGUGCCAUUUUCUUUAUUAAA